AUGGUGAAAAUCACUCGAGGCAUUUAUCGACAAGUGAGACAAGCUAUUGGUAAAAAGAUCUUCAUUGCAUUUACUGCACUAUUGUUAACAACUUGGUUUUUCAUCAUUCGUGUGCCUAUAUCUCCACAUAGAUCCUCUACGACAUUUCUCUUCUCGUCGCCGGAAUUAGAGACAAUAACAUUUCAACAAUGGCAUAUUCCAAAAUGGGUCCAACGGUAUAAUGUUAGUCGACUUUUCGAUUGGACUUGGCACAAGAACGGUGACUUUCGACGUUGUCGAGCAUCAAUAUUUCAAUCGUUGCAAGCAUUCGCAUGCAGAACUACAUCAGCAAUGGUUGUCAAUGAUGUUCUUGAUUAUUUUCGUUCUCAUCCCAACGAAGGAUGCAUCGUUGAUAAUGUAGCUCGUCUGCCUAAUGUGAUUCCACAUCGAUUACCUCGUACCCGCUCUUUGACCGACACAUGUUCUUCACUUCGCAUUGACCAUGAAUGGAUUUUAUGCAAGAAAAACCAAUCAGAACUUGAUAGUUGGCUUCCAUCAACUAAACGAUUUGUAAGCAUUGCUGUAUUCAAUGCAUUCAUCGACACGGGCCAUUGUCAUCCAGAUGUACCAGGAACAGUUUUCACUGAAUAUGCCACUUUUCAUCUUCAACGCUGGACUAAGAAACAAUGUGGUAAUGACGUCAUUUCGUAUAUUCCACAAGUCAAAACUAAAUAUAGACAUACUGAAUUAAUCGACUCAAUAGGAAAUUAUCUCCAAGCACCAGGACAUUUUGCUCCACAGCAGUUACCACGAUUAUUACGUUUGCUUGCAACUGUACCAACAACAGCAAAAAUUCUUGUUGCUAAAGGUGGUGUCGCUGAUAUGUUGAUCGAUGUUCUUGUUGAGCGCGAUAUUGUUACACGUGAUCGUAUUGUUCAUUUUGAUAAAGAUAUUCGUCCAAUUCAUUUUGGAAAUAUUGUUUAUCGUAGUGAAUCAUGGCCCUAUUUAAACAGCAAAGAUGGCGGCCAUUAUUUACAUGAUCGAACAGACAUGCAGCUGGUUCAUCGAGUUAUGGCUACGGAUGAAUUGUCAUUGGCCGAAAAAAAAGAUCGUAUUAUUCUUAUCAAAAGAAGCAACGGACAUGCAAGAUCAAUCAUUGAACAUUUAGAUAUGGCUGCAUUCAUGGCAUCAGCCCUGAAUAAAUCCAAACUUUCGUCAGAUCUUCGCAUUGAAAUUUUCGAUGCACGAGGACAUAUUCGCGAUCAUAUUGCUUUGUUUCGUCGAGCUCUUAUCAUUAUUGGUCCUCAUGGUGCCGGAAUGAUGAAUAUACUAUGGUCAUCACCAGGAACACAUGUGGUCGAAGUUGGAUAUACGACUGGAAUGAUUUUUCCUGAAAUGUAUGCUGAGAUGAGUCUUCAUUUAGAACAGCACUAUUGGAUAUGCAAAGGACAUGGUGAUUAUUCUACACCGAUCCAUGUUGACAUGGACGAUUUCAUGUAUAUUUUCAAUGGAAUUAUUAGUGAAAUAGAAGCUGAAGAGGCACGUUCUUGA